AAAAAAAAAAAAAAAAAGUAAGAAGCUUUCGUUGAUUCCACACACACAGACAUGGAAUGUCCACAAAUGUAGUCUCCUCAAGUCUUCCCAGAUACUCUCCAAUACCACUAGACGAAUUUUUCCGUCUUUGUCUCUUUCCCUCUCUUUUGGGUCUUCGAUUGCUUGCUUCGUUACCCAACUUUUCAAAAUCAUCAGACAGCUAAAGUUCAUCCUCUUCCCAAAUUCCCAACUCAGAAAGUGCACAUACCAUAUUAUAUGCUGUCAAGUGUCAAACUUCCUUUCAAUAAUGAACACCAUUUCUCUUUCUACAAAACUCUCUUUCCCCUCCCUUUUCCACUUCCGCCACCAAAGCCCCCUCCUCUUUUAGAAUCCCACAUUUUAGUCUUCUACUUCAAACCCCAGAAGUAGGAGUAGUGUUGAGGCUAACAAAAUGACUAUUGCUGAAGUUAGGCCUGAAGAUGGUGAGGAUGAUAGUCCUCCUUUGCUCGACCCUGAGAUCAAUUCCAAACCUCGUCGUAUUGCUCUCUUUAUUGAGCCUUCUCCCUUUGCAUACGUGUCGGGAUACAAAAACCGCUUCCAGAACUUCAUUCGCUAUCUACGUGAAAUGGGUGACGAGGUGAUGGUUGUGACAACUCAUGAAGGUGUACCAGAGGAGUUUUAUGGUGCAAAAUUAAUUGGAUCACGAAGCUUUCCAUGUCCCUUGUAUCAUAAGGUGCCACUUUCUCUAGCACUUAGUCCAAGAAUAAUUUCAGAAGUUGUUCGGUUUAAACCCGACAUCAUACAUGCUUCAUCACCGGGGAUAAUGGUGUUCGGAGCUCUGAUUAUAGCAAAACUAUCAAGUGUACCUCUAGUUUUGUCUUACCAUACUCAUGUACCAGUAUACAUUCCAAGGUAUACAUUUAGUUGGUUAGUUAAACCCAUGUGGCUUGUUAUAAAAUUCCUCCACAGAGCGGCUGAUCUUACCUUGGUUCCAUCUGCUGCCAUUGGCAAGGAUCUUGAAGCUGAAAGAGUGACAGCAGCUAAUAAGAUUCGACUUUGGAAUAAGGGUGUCGAUUCUGUUAGCUUUCAUCCUCGCUUUCGUUCUCACAAAAUGAGAUUGAGACUUAGUGGCGACGAGCCUGAUAAACCACUGAUAAUCCAUGUUGGACGACUUGGAGUUGAGAAGAGCUUGGAUUUCCUCAAAAGGAUCAUGGAUAGACUUCCCGAAGCAAGAAUUGCGAUCGUUGGAGAUGGUCCAUACAGGGAGGAGCUAGAGAAGCUGUUCACUGGCAUGCCUGCAGUAUUUACGGGCAUGUUGUCUGGGGAAGAGCUAUCUCAGGCUUAUGCCAGCGGUGACAUUUUCGUAAUGCCUUCCGAAUCAGAGACAUUGGGACUCGUCGUAUUGGAGGCUAUGUCCUCUGGGAUCCCCGUGAUCGGAGCUCGUGCUGGUGGAGUUCCCGAUAUAAUCCCUCCCGAACAAGAUGGUAAAAUCGGCCACCUUUAUACCCCGGGAGACAUCGAUGACUGCUUAAGCAAGCUGAAGCCUCUGUUGGACGAUCGUGAGCUGAGGGAAACAAUGGGGAAAGCAGCUCGCAAGGAGAUGGAGAAGUACGACUGGAAAGCCGCAACUCGAAUAAUCCGUAAUGAACACUACAAUGUUGCCAUAUGGUUCUGGUUCAGGCGCAGGAAAAGAGCCGAGUUUCUAAGACCAUUUCAAUGGCUGUUUAAUCGAAUUUUUCCAUCCCCAUAAGUUAAUUAGCAGUGAAAUGCUUCAUAUUUCCACCA